AUGGGGCCACUCCUCCUGUUUUUUGCCUUGCCCAGCCUCCUGCAUGCCCAGCAAGCCUGUUCCCGAGGAGCCUGUUAUCCACCUGUUGGGGACCUGCUUGUUGGGAGGACCCAGUUUCUCCACGCUUCAUCUACCUGUGGACUGACCAAGCCUGAGACCUACUGCACCCAGUAUGGAGAGUGGCAGAUGAAGUGCUGCAAGUGCGACUCCAGGCUGCCUCACAAUUACAACAGUCACCGCGUGGAGAAUGUGGCUUCAUACUCCGGCCCCGUGCGCUGGUGGCAGUCCCAGAAUGAUGUGAACCCUGUCUCUCUACAGUUGGACCUAGACAAGAAGUUCCAGCUUCAGAUUAUCAUGAUGAAUUUUAAGGGGCCCCAGCCAGCUGGGAUGCUUAUCGAGCGCUCCUCAGACUUUGGCAAGACCUGGAAGGUGUACCAGUACCUGGCCGCUGACUGUACCUCCACCUUCCCUCGGGUGCAGCAGGGCCAGCCGCAGAGGUGGCAAGAUACCCGGUGCCGGUCUCUCCCCCAGAAGACUAAUGGCCACCCGAAUGGCGGGAAGGUCCAAAUUAACAUCUUGGAUUUAGCCUCUGGGAUUCCAGCAUCUAAAAGUCAAAAGAUUCAAGAGCUAGGAGAGAUCACAAACUUGAGAAUCAACUUCACCAGGCUAGCCCCUGUGUCCAGGAGGGGCUACCACUCACCCAGUGCCUACUAUGCAGUAUCUCAGCUACGUCUGCAAGGGAGCUGCUUCUGCCAUGGCCAUGCUGACCGCUGUGCCCCCACGUCUGGAGGCCAAGCUGGUUCCUCCACUGCUGUGCAGGUUCAUGAUGCUUGCAUCUGCCAGCACAACACUGCUGGCCCCAAUUGUGACCGCUGUGCACCCUUCUACAACAACCGGCCCUGGAGACCUGCAGAUGACCAGGAUCCCCACGAAUGCCAAAGGUGUGACUGCAACGGGCACUCAGAGACCUGCCACUUCGACUCAGCCGUGUUUGCUGCCAGCCAGGGCACAAAUGGUGGCGUGUGCGACAAUUGCCGGGAUCACACUGAGGGCAAGAACUGUGAGCGCUGUCAGCUGCACUAUUUCCGGAACCGGCGACCUGGCGUUCCCAUUCAGGAGACCUGUAUCCCCUGUGAGUGUGACCCGGAUGGGGCAGUGCCAGGGGCCCCCUGCGACCCAGUGAGCGGGCAGUGUGUGUGCAAGGAGCACGUUCAAGGAGAGCGCUGUGACCUGUGCAAGCCAGGCUUCACCGGACUCACCUACACCAACCCGCAGGGCUGCCACCGCUGUGACUGUAACAUCCUGGGGUGCCGGCGGGACAUGCCAUGUGAUGAAGAAACUGGACGCUGCCUAUGUCUGCCCAAUGUGGUGGGCCCCAAGUGUGACCAGUGUGCACCCUACCACUGGAAGCUGGCCAGCGGCCGGGGCUGCGAGCCGUGUGCCUGCGACCCACGCAACUCCCUCAGCCCCCAGUGCAACCAGUUCACAGGGCAGUGCUCCUGUCGGGAAGGAUUCGGAGGUCUGAAGUGCAACACAGCAGCCCUCCGUCAGUGUCCAGACCAGAUGUAUGGAGAAGUGGGCGCCGGGUGCAGAGCCUGUGACUGUGACUUCAGGGGAACUGAGGGCCCUGGCUGUGACAAGACCUCGGGCCGCUGUCUCUGCCGUCCGGGCUUGACUGGGCCCCGCUGUGACCAGUGCCAGCGAGGCUACUGCGAUCGCUACCCGGUGUGUGUGGCCUGCCACCCUUGCUUCCAGGACUAUGACGCAGACCUCCGGGAACAGGCCCAGCGCCUCAGCGGCCUCCGCAAUGCCACUGCCAGCCUGCAGCCUGGGCUGGGCCUGGGGGACCGAGGCCUGGCCUCCCGCAUGCUGGACACAAAGAGCAAGAUUGAUCAGAUCCGAGCCAUUCUCAGCAGCGCCUCAGCCACAGAGCAGGAAGUGGCCCAGGUGUCCAGUGCCAUCUUCUCCAUCAGGCGGAAUCUCCAGGGCCUGCAGCUGGAACUGCCGCUAGAGGCGGACACUCUGUCACUCCAGGGGGACCUGGAGAACCUGGGCCGAAGCUUCAAUCAUCUCCUCGUUCUGUACCAGAGCAAGAGGCAGCAGUUUGAGAAGAUAAGCAGUGCUGACCCUUCAGGUGCUUUCCGGAUGCUGACCGCAGCCUACCAGCGCUCAUCUCAGGCGGCCCGGCAGGUCUCUGACAGCUCCCGCCUGCUGCUGCAGCUCAGGGACAGCCGGAGAGAGGCCGAACAGCUGGAGAGGCAGGGGGCAGGAGGCGGAGGUGCCAGCGGCCCCCAGCUCGCAGCCUUGAGGCAGGAGAUGGCUUCCUUCCCUGACCUUACACCUGCCAUCAACAAGCUUUGUGGCAGCUCCAGGCAGACGUCUUGCACCCCAGGAGCAUGCGCUGGUGAGCUGUGUCCCCGUGACAAUGCCACAGACUGUGGCUCCCGCUGCACAGGUGCACUGGCCAGGGCUGGAGGAGCCUUCCGGACAGCGGGGCAAGUGGCCAAGCAGCUCCAGGGCUUCAACACCCAGUUCCAGCAGACCCGGCAAAUGAUCAGAGCCGCUGAGGAAGCCGCCCUGCAGAUCCAAACAGAUGCUCAGCGCCUAGAGACCCAGGUGAGCACCAGCCGCUCCCGGAUGGAGGAAGACAUCAGACGCACCCGGAGCCUCAUCCAGCAGGUCCGGGACUUCCUCACAGACCCUGUCACUGAUGCAGCCACCAUCCAGGAAGUCAGUGAAGCCGUGCUGGCCCUGUGGCUGCCCACAGACUCUGCUACGGUCCUACGGAAGAUGAACGAGAUCCAGGCCAUUGCGGCCAGGCUCCCCAACGUGGACCUGGUGCUGGCCCAGACCCAACAGGACAUUGCUCGGGCCCGCAGGCUACAAGCUGAGGCUGAGAAGGCCAGGUCCCGUGCCCAUACCGUAGAGGGCCAGGUGGAGGACGUGGUGGGGAACCUGCGGCAGGGGACCGUGGCCCUGCAGGAGGCUCAGGACACCAUGCAGGGCACCAGCCGCUCCCUUCGGCUGAUCCAGGAGAGGGUCGAUGAGGUUCAGCAGGUACUUGGACCAACAGCAAAGCUGGUGACGGGCAUGAUGGGGCAGCUGAGUGGCUUCCAGGCACGGAUAGCGGAACUCCGCCGCCAGGCUGAGCAGCAGCGGACACAGGCGGGGCAGGCCCAGCAGCUCGCUGAGGGCGCCAGCAAGCAGGCAUUGAGUGCCCAGGAGGGCUUUGAGAGAGUAAAGCAGAAGUAUGCGGAGCUGAAGGACCGGCUGGGUCGGAGCCCCUUGCUGGGGGAGCAGGGCAGCCGGAUUCAGAGUGUCAAGACAGAGGCCGAGAAGCUGUUUGGGGAGACCGUAGAGAUGAUGGACAGGAUGAAAGACAUGGAGUCAGAACUGCUUCGGGGAAGACAGGCCAUCAUCCUUCGCUCCGCUGACCUGAGCGGUCUGGAGAGACACGUGGAAGAGAUCCGGGACCACAUCAACCAGCGAGUGUUCUACUACGCCACCUGCAAGUGA